AUGGUAUUAACACAGCAGAGAUCCCAGUCGAUCGACGACAGUUUCCCCACCGCUCAACUCUUCCUCCUCGCAAUAUGUCGGGUCGCAGAACCAAUCGCCUUGACGUCCAUCUUCCCCUACUCGUGGGUGAUGGUCAAAGACUUCCACGUGGAUGAUGAGAAUGCCUCUUUCUACGCUGGUGUCUUGAUCUCGGCCUUCGCGCUCGCCGAAGCUCUCACCGGUAUGUUCUGGGGCGGUCUGUCGGAUCGCAUAGGUCGCAAGCCUGUCCUUCUCUGCGGUUGUAUCGGUACCAUGCUCUCUUUACUUUUGGUUGGGCUAGCACCAAACUUUUGGGUUGCGCUCCUUGGUCGUGCUCUGGGUGGUGCUCUGAAUGGUAAUAUCGGGGUUAUUCAAACUAUGGUGGGCGAGCUGGUUAAGCGGCCUGAGCAUGAACCUCGCGCGUACACUAUCAUGCCUUUUGUCUGGUCGAUCGGGUCGAUCAUUGGACCUGCUAUUGGCGGUUUACUCGCGAAGCCUGCUGAAUCCAAUCCAUCUCUGUUCCCAGUGGAUGGUCUCUUUGGAAAGUUCCCUUACCUCUUGCCGAACCUUGUCUGUUCGGUCCUGCUUCUCUUCAGUAUCAUUGGAAGUUGGCUGUUCUUACAGGAGACCCAUCCAGAUAUGCAGCCUAGCGAGGCUCAUGGCUACUUCGAUCACGCAACUGAACAACCUCUUCUUGUCACCUCUGGUGCAACUGCGAACGCCGCCGUGGAUCUUCGAGCGGAGUCUUAUGGAACUUUCAAUCAGGUUCACUUGCAUCAAGAUGAACAUUGGAAUGUACAAGCCGAUGGCUCUUCGCCAUCGUGGAAAACUUUGCCAAAGCCUAAAGCUUUCACUUGGCGAAUCAUCAUGCUUGUGUUGGCUUUGACCAUUUUCACCUAUCACUCUAUGACAUAUGACCAUCUAUUGCCCAUCUUCCUGCAGGACAAGACAGGAACAGGCUCACACACCUCGAUCUUUGAUAUUCCAGGCGGAGUUGGCCUUUCUACUCGGGCGGUUGGUUUCAUCAUGUCUACCGAUGGCAUCAUUGCGAUUGUUAUCCAGAGCGUCAUCUUUCCCGCAUUGGCACAUUACCUCGGGAUUUGGCGACUUUUCGUCAUUGUCACAAUCCUACACCCAAUCGCUUACUUUAUGGUUCCAUUUUUGGCUUUCUUGCCCAACCAAUUCCUCUAUGGUGGGAUCUAUACCUGCCUUAUCACUCGCAAUAUCCUGUCUAUCAUCGACUAUCCCGUGCUCUUGAUUCUCAUCAAGCAGGCUAGUCCUUCAGACUCGGUCAUGGGCAAGAUCAACGGUCUGGCCGCAUCCGCUGGAGCCGUUUCUCGCACUCUCGCACCUCCAAUUGCUGGAUUCCUCUACAGCACUGGUUCGAAGGUUGGCUGCACUGGUCUUGCAUGGUGGGGAAGUACUCUCGUUGCGUUGAUCGGAGCUUUGCAGUUGUGGUUCAUUCAGCGGAACUACCAUUCCUCGGCCACUAUUCAGCCUGCCGCUCCCUUCGAUUAUGUUGCUGUUCCAGAGCAGCCGCACAACGAUGUCGUCCAUAUUGUUGUUGACGAUGAUUCAUAUGAACGGGCUGCAGUAUCCCCAUGA